AUGAGAAGUAUAUUACUCAACGUCAUUUUCCUACUCACAUUGACUCUUUGCGCUCGCACUUCACCCAUCCCUCACCCCUCCUCUUUUCGAUGCAUCCCUCGCUCUCCACCACGCUCCGAUCUUAGCAACACAAACCAACCGCAAUCACCCCUCACAACUCGUUCGUCACACCCACCCUCAUCACCAUCUCUCUCAAAACGAACCCCGGACGAACACACAAUGCUCAAACCGGCCACAUCCGCCAUAGAAGAAGCCUCCUCCAGCCUCAAAGGCUUGCUGAACGACAAACCAGAAACCGAAAAGGCGAAAGACUGGAAACGACGGAUCGUAAUCACAAUUUCAGGUCUCGGUGUUCUGAUGACCAUCGGAUGGAACUAUAUCUCUCUGCAAUCUUUUCUUUCCAAUCGCGCACGUUGGCGAAAAGAAAAAGCACGCUUGGAGGCAGAGAAGAAUAAGCCUCCUCCUCAAGUCGGGGAUGUGAUGUGCACGGUGGAGACGUAUAGUACAGAAGAUCAGGUUGCGGAGAGAAAGCCGGGCAUGUCCAAGGUUCCUUGUUAUCGGUUGGGUGACGCUUCGUCGUUGGGGCAAGUCGGAGGAACAGAUGUAGGGACAACGAGUGGUGGAGUGGUGCAGCAGCAGCAAACAACAGCGCAGAUGGCUGGGUUAGCUGCUACAAGAUACGCUGCUUCUACCGGUGCCAAUCAGCAAGGCAACAUUGUUGCAGGACCACUAACCAAGCGUAAUCCACAAGGAGAGAUCAUCGAAGAAGCCUCCACCUCCGCCGCACAUGCAUUCGACCACGCCAAGCAAAGCUUUCACUCCCCCUUCUCCCCCUACUCACCUUACCCUCCCCUGCGCCCCUCUUCUUUCUACUUGCCAAGGACACCGGAUCAAAUCAAAGCCGCAUGGAUCCCUCUCCGUCCACUUGGGCAAUCAAAUCUGGAAGAGAAACAGACUUUAUUGUCCGAGUUUGCACCUCGCCUUCCACAAAGUCCAAAUCCUAGCGCCUCAAGCAGGCCUGCCAACACGGAAAAGGUGCAGAUGGAGGUGGUGAAAGCAGAAGAGAAAAAACAAAAAGUGAAAGCAAAGGAGAAAGUGAAAAACUUACUCAAAGGCAAAAGACCAGGUGGAAAAGCAAUUUCAACCGACGACAUCACUUUUGGUCUCACCAUUCUAAACACUAUCGGCGGCAUUCCAAGUUUGCUGUUCACCAUGGCUAAUGCUUAUUACUAUCGUGGCAAUCCCAAGGUUGACUAG